CGUGCAUUCCCUUUCAAAGAAUAAAGCAAGUAGAGCCAUUCCAUUUCGAAUAAUUUACCCAUUACAUUGCAACUACUACGGUCUAGUCUUUACGAGCCUAUACCUCAUCUCGCGCGUCGGUGCGCGUUCGAUCCACGUUUCUCUCGACCUCGAUCGACUUCUUCGUCGCCAGCGAUGGGCCCUAAGCUCAAGCGUAAAAGUUUCACAGACGCGGACGCAAAGUUGAAGAGGCCGAGACAGAUAGUGUGCAUAGCAGACUAUUCGCUUAAGAGACUCCAAUUCUCUGGGUACUGGACGUCCACCACUGAGUGGUCAGUGAUCGACUUUGCGGACUACAUAAUCGAAGCCCGACCACAAACUGAAUGGACGCUGGAGGAUAUUACGCGCCUCGCGAUCAAAGAACUGACCCUCCUCGAGGAUGGGAUUACGGGGAAGGCAUCCAAGCAGAAAGUGACCAAGCUUCUGAAGAACCUGGAGAACAAGACAAGCACCACCGUUCAAAACCUCCAAGCAUAUUUAUCGAGUGAUCAAUUCGCGACGUUGCAGCGGUUGACACGGGCGCGAGCUGCAGCAACAAAGACGGCUGUUUCAGGAUAUAAGACCAAGUUUGCUUCAAAGGCAGCAAAAGACAUUGUGGGGGAUGCCUUGGACGAAGACGACAGGGAUGACGUAGCAGUCGCUGCUUCUGGAUAUGUUCCAAACGAAAAUGAUCCGAAAAACGUCCAAGGUGACGGAUGUGAUGUCGACUGUGACGAGGAAGAAGACCCGGAACAAGAUGUGGAUCACGAUAAGGAGGAGGAUGGCCGUCUUCAUUUGAUCCUCAACCAUCCAGAAACUUGGAAGGACGCCUUUCCUCCCCACAACCAGCGAAGCCGGAAGGGCGAGAAGAACUUUGGAACAUGGAUCCUUUCCACGGGUAAAGAUGUGGCCGAGACGCUGCGGGAGGCAAGAAAGGCCGUCCUGACCAAAGACCAAACACUGAACCCCUUGUAUUGGGGAAUCCUGGACGUGACUGAAAUGGACCCGAUCUUGCAAGGUAAGGGGACUGAGAAAGGAGAGGACUCGUUUUCUAUUUGAUUCGCGUCGGUCAAUGUUUGUACGCGCUUCGUGUUCGAAUCAUGAAUUUACAUCCAAUCCAGGCUCCUUCAAUCAGAAAGAAUGGGAAGAGAUUGUUGCAGACUUCCAUGAAGACGUACGGCUGGAGGACGUCCAGGAUGAUUUGCGCGAAUCCAUUCAAGAUCUUAUGGACCAGAUCGCAGACGUCUGGUUCAGUGCACAGCCAUUACCUAAGGUAAUGGCUG